AUGCAGCUCACCAACUUGGCUCUGACCCUGACUGCGGCCUUCUCCAUCGCCAAUGCAUACAAGAUCUCCACCAGUGACGGCGCAGUCAACUGUCGCAAAGGCGCCUCAACCAGUGAUGCAGUUGUCACAACGUACGACAACGGCGUCGAUGUCACGAUCAGCUGCCAGACAUACGGUGAAAACAUCCAAGGCAACAACAUCUGGGACAAGACCUCCGACGGCUGCUACGUAUCCGACUAUUAUGUGAAAACCGGCUCAGACAGCAUGGUAACCGACAACUGCGACGGUGGCAGUUCCGGCGACGGCGACUCAUCCUACCAGGGCGAGAUCAGCCGCGACGAGAUCCUCUCCCGCGGCGAGUACUGGGUCUCACGUCACGUCCCGUACUCUAUGAGCGCCUACUACCCGGACCCAGAUGGGCGCGAUUACCGCACUGACUGCUCGGGCUUCGUUAGCAUGGCUCUCCAUGCGUCUGCCCCCGGUCUCAACACUGUCAGUCUUCCGGAUAUUGCGGAGUCGAUCGCUUGGGAGGAUAUCCAGCCUGGUGAUUUCGUUGGUACCCUUGGCGCUGGGACUGGUGGUGCUGAUGGUCAUGUCACUCUGUUUAAGUCGUGGGUCGACAGUUCCAAGAAGGAAUACAAUACGCUGGAGUGUCAGGGUACCUAUGGUUGUGUUGCGGAUAGGCGUGAAGUUGGUUGGAAGGUUGGCUCUCAUACCUCUAAGCCUUACCGCUACAUCAAGGUUAAGGAGUAA